UUCCCCAUUCUUAUUUGGCAAUGCCGAUAUCUGUUAAAACUUUGCAGUACUUCUUCCGUUUUGAAUUUAAAAUUUUGACAUCGCGACUAUUUUUAUACAUUAUGAUUAAAAAUAUUGUGCACCAAUAUAUUUUUGAGCAACUAAUGCAUUUUAAAGAUGGCAAUCGCUGUUGCCAAAAAUUUUGUGGAUCAUUUCGUUCAGUUGAGAGAAUAAUCUUUGCCGACUAUGCUUUUAAACUUGGAUACAAUUGUCGUCCAUUGCUGCACAACGGGAUUGAGUUCAUAAAAAUGUACAAAAAGCAUUGUCUACAUUUUAUGGAGCAGGUACCAGAAUUGCACCUUGCGCCACACACGGAAAAGGAGCUUUUUAUGCUACAACGCGAGAGCGAUUUUAUUGGCAGUCAACUAGAAAUGCAAAUGUCGCCAGAGUUUUUCAGCCCAAAUUGUGCCAGACCUUCUAUUCCGCCACAUAGAUUCUCUUUGGGAUUAAAACAAUCGAUGGCUCGACAAAAUGAUCGCGGGCAACAGAGAUUUCAGGAAAAAUGUUCCUUACAUCCAUACAAAACAAGUUUGCUUGAAGCCUUGCAGCGCACUCGGGUGCUUAUAGUGAACGGAGACUGCAUCUUUGAAAAAUCCACCGGGUUGCCCAUGUAUAUAAUUGAGAGUUGUGCAGAGCGUCGAGCUCAUUGUAAAAUAAUUUGUGUAGAAAGAGAACAAUUAUUGGCUAUUCAUAAUAGCGAAAAGCUUUCGGAGUAUCUUGGAGAAAAGGUGGGAAAUACUGUAGCAUUUCAAAUCCAUUUACAAAGUCGUAUCAGCGAGGGAUCAAACCUUAUAUAUACCACUUCCAGUUUUCUACUCCGAGUACUUAUGGGUCAAAGUAUUGUCGAUAGUUUUCGGCAUAUUUCACAUGUUAUUGUUUGCGACGUCACCCGACAUGAAGCGUUUACUGAUUUAUUGUUAUGUGAACUACGAGCAGCACUUCGCUGCCACGCACAUCUAAAGAUAAUACUGCUGUCAAACUCACGGCACAAUUUAGGCUUCCUAGAGUAUUUUGGGGAAGGAGAGGUAUUACAAUUGGAAUACCCUGCAGUACAGGAACUCCAAACAUCUCAUGUAUUUCAUCUAGAAGAUAUACAAAAAGUAAUAGAAACCGACCGUCAUUUAAAUAUGCGUAACCAGUCGAUAUAUAAUAACUAUACAAAUAUGUCCCGAAUGCCAAACCGAAAUUAUUUCAAUGUGGACCGCAUACUUGAAAAUUAUGAGCUUACUGGAGCAGAUCAAGCCCUAGAAACAUUUUUGUAUAUGGUCCGAGGAGAAAAUGUUUCAAUAGAUUAUCGGCACUCAAUAACUGGAAAGACAGCGAUUAUAAUAGCUGCUAAACUUGGAAAUGUAACACAUAUAAAAAUGUUACUGGAAAAAUUCGCCGACCCUUAUAUAAUGGACAAACAAAACCUGAACGCUGUAUCUAACGCGAUUGCUGGAGGAAAUUUGAUGUGUAUUGAAUUACUAAGCAGUGCCCAAAAUUUAAAGGACAUGAAUCCAACAUCAUUGGAUUAUAACAUGGUAAUGGAUCUGAUUAAGGUUUUAAUGAUGAGUACAAAAUGGGAACCUGGUGCGUAUUUUAAAUUGAUUGCUAUCAAUAAAAUUUCAAGCUCUAUUUUAAAUUUAGGUAAUUUAGUUAUAAUUGUAGCUGAUUACGAGCAACUUUUACGUAUAAAUUAUUGGGUUUUGCGAUGUAAAAUGAUAGGUGAUAUCCCACCACAAAUUGUCAUAUAUAUGCUCCAUAACAAUAUAGAGAAAGACCAAUUAGAGGAGGUUAUAAAAGGCACACCCGAGUGUAAAAAUAUUGUAAUUACAACUGAUAUUAUAGAAAGUGUUAUACUGAAAUUUCCAAUAAAAUAUGUAAUCGACUUGGCAAGAGCACGACGUAUCCAGUAUACCGCGGAUACGGGUUGUAAGGAGCUUGUUUAUGAAUGGAUUUCUAGAGAAGCGCUUGAAAAUCGUGCACGUUUAACAAGUCGUCUGGGUGAAAAGGCUUCAUGCUUUCGUUUCAUAUCUGGUUUUUUGAUCGAUAAGCUACCUUUAACGUACACAGCGGAUUUAUUAACAAUGCCUCUGGAUCGAAUUUGCUUGACUGUAAAGUUGUUAUCUCCGCACACUAUGGUUGCAGAAUAUUUGCAGUCGACCAUUUGUAAAGCGCCAUUCAUAAAUGUACACAACACAGUCGAAUUUCUGAAGAAAAUAUACGUGUUUGAUGAGCUAGAAGAGGUGACAUGGCUGGGAUGUCGUUUAAUAGAUGUACCGAUUGAUUGCCAACUUGGAAAACUACUUGUUUUCGCUAUACUAUUACAAUGCCUGGAUCCCGUAUUGACAAUUGUAAGCUUCCUAUCAACAUUUGAUCCACUGGAAUUGCCCACGGAGAUAGAUAACAAAAACUUAACCGUAUUAGAAGAGGUGAGGUCCAAAUUAAAAAUAGAACGAAAACGCCUAGCAGAGAAUAUAUUGUCGGAUCAUUUAAUAUAUCUGCGUUUAUACCAAGAAUGGCAAAAUAAUUUGCGAGACGAUAAUCCAGAAAUGGUGCUGAUAGAUGAACAUGAUUAUGUGUUGAAUGGAAUUUUGGAAAAAGUUUGUGACAUUCGUACACAUUUGGUGGGCGCAUUGCGCUCUUCCCAGCUUAUACACAACCAAGGACAAUUGAGCAUGCAUUACAUAAAUUUGAAAUCGAACAGUUGGCCGAUGAUUAAAGCAACUCUAGUAGCUGGACUUUAUCCUUGUCUUAGCAUUAUUGAUACAUUCGAAGGUCGUCUUAGAAGCAAUAGACCUAAAGAGCUUGUUAUACACCCCACCUCUGUGCUUCGAGAUCUCACAUUGGGGCCUUUAAAUUCAAAUGCGCGUACAUUUCCUUCACAUUGGAUUGUAUAUGGAAAUGUUAUUAAUAGCGCCAACAGAAACAGCACCAAAUGCUGUUCUUUAGUGACACCGUUAACCGUUGCUAUGUUCGCAGGUCCCCCGAAGAUCGAUUCAUCAAAUUUAUGCCCUCUUGGUAACUGCAGCGUUUAUCAAGGAACGGGAAAUCAUAUAUUCAACGAAAAAGAAGCUGCAAUGUCUAUAUUUUAUAUUGAUGAUUGGAUUGAAAUUAAAAUGGAACACACAAGUGCCCAAUUGCUUUUAAAAACAAGGCAAUACUUCUACAGUGCAUAUAUGAAUUUCUUGCAGAAUUGUGGCAGUAUAGACAAGUGGCGUCGCACCAACACAUAUCUGUCUGCAGUUUCCCGUUUAUUUGAUACAUUUGAACGGAUAUUUGCUAUUGAAGAUCAGGCAUGUGGUUUUGUUAAACCACUUAACAUUGGGUUGCGUCCCAAGGCAGUGCCAAACAAAUUUAUCACGUCAUUUAAUGCUGUUAUUAGUUGGAGUGAAGAGAAAUCUGUACAUUCUUUCCACAUGAUUUCUAAAGAUCAUAUUUCGAAGCGAGUCGAGUUAAAGAAAAGUUACGUAUCGAAUGGCAAACAGGAUUAUAAGUUCAUUUGUUUGGAAAAGCAAUUCUUUGCUGUAUACAUAUCGCAAACGGAUUCAGUAUUUCGGAAAUAUCCACAAGAUUGGCUACGUGAAGCCGUUUCAAAAGUCAUUGAGCCGUGUUUAAGGCAUGACAAACUAACAUUUGUAAUCUUGUACAACAAGAAUCCCGAUCAGUUUUGUAUGAUAGCUGUGGCUACAAGAAUAUUCGGAACAUUCCGAUUGCAGGAAUAUUUCAAAAACAAAAUACCUAUCAGCGAAGUACUGAAAAUUUGCUUGAAGCAAAACAUUUGUAUGCCCCCUUUCGGCGAAAAACGUAAUGCCUUUCAAAUUGAUGCAGUAAUUGGCAAAAUAAUUUUAAACCUAUUUGCUUUUCGUAAUAAUUGGUUGGAUUACAACUAACCGUUACAGUUUCACUAAAAUUAAAAUGCGGUUCAUAGAUACAUGCAUAUUUAUAUUGAUAUUUCGACAAUGUUUUGCGCAAUCAUUCAUACGAUUUUUUAUUAUGU